CCAGGAACCCCAGUUUCCGAUACCCCGCAGAGGGUCUGGCGGGUGAGGCCGGCCAGGAUGACCCUGCUUAUGCCCUGGGACCCCAAGUACAAAGUGAAGACCAGAGGAUCACAGCUGUGGGGGGCCGGGAGCUCUUCUGGGGGCUCCUUUGCCAACCGCACCCUCUGCCAUCCCUCCUUCUGGCCCCUGUACCGAGCCGUCCCCUACUGCUCCCUUGGGCCCAAGGAGCCUGGCAGUGAGGCUAAGCAGAGUAGCACUCCCACCGAAGUCCCAGUGUUGGGCAGUGAAGAUGUUUUUCUUUCAGACCCUCUGUUGCCCCUGUGCCCUCUGUUGCCCCAGUGCCAGCGCAUUCCCCUGCACCUGUCCAAGCCCCCUGAGCAGGUCAAGGGUUCGCUCAAGCUGCUGCUGCCGCCCCCCAUCAUGGCGUCCUCUGUCAUGCCAAGCUGUAUCCCAGUCUCCUCAUCAACCAGGCUCAGUAGAGCUGAGCUCAUCGCCCUCAAAGGCCUCCUGCAGAUGAGCCAGGGGGAGCCCAAACCCAGCUCUUCCUCCGGAGCUUCAGACGACCCCCCUAACCGAGUGUCUGACCCACCUGGCCCCAUGUUCAACCCUUCUGACCCUGAGUUUGAACCCCUUGACCCCGUGUCUGAACCCUCUAAUCCUUUGAUUGGACCCUCCAGGCCUGUGUCUGACCCCCUGAGGCCCACUGGGACCGGAGUUCUCACAGCACUGGCCCCUCACUACCCCCCACCCUAUUGGGAACUCUGA